AUAAAUGCAAUAUAUAUAACAAUAUAGGUUUAUAUACAUGUAUAUGUAGAUAGCUGGGUAAAACUUAAAAACUGUGUCAAUCAAGUGAACGGACAGUUAAUCUAUUUAAUCUCUAUAUCUAUCCAGUGAUGUCAGAUGUAAUAGAAGUAUUGAUUAAUGUUGCUCUGGACUACAUGGAUAAACAGAUAUCUCAUUUAAGUCCAGGAGUCUACAAAGAAAUAAAGAAGUAUUUCAAAGAAAAUCACAGUGAAUUAAUAGAAGAAAUAAAGAAAUAUGGGAUCAAAAAAGUAAAGGAGCUCAUGGAAAAAGUGAAAAAGCCAAUUGUGGAAUUUCUUAAAAAAUUGAUGUCUGAUGACAGAGCAGAUAAAAAAGGUGUCGACAAUAAAAAUGCUGAUGACAAAAAUGACUAUAAAGGUGAUACCAAUAAUGGUGGUGCCAGAAAGACAAGUAAUGACAGGAAGGUAGCAAAAUGUGUUACAAAAGGGAUUGCAAGAGAGGAAGCAAAAGUGAUAGGUAAAAGUGUCGUUAAGACUACUGCUUUGGGAGCAGCUAAAGGUAAAACAAAGGUUAUACAAUGUUAUGUAGCUAGAGAAAGCACUAAGCAAGCUGUAAUUUGUGGUACUUCAAGUAUUGUCUUAAAGGAAACUUCACAAAUGGUUCUCAAAGUAGGAACAAAAAAAUUGCAACACAAGGAGUCAAGCAAGGACUGAAAUCACUCGGAAAAGGAGCUGCAUGCACUGGGAUUAGACUAGCAGCAGAUGUUGCCCAAGCAGGAUUGGAGCGCUAUGGAUAUAAGAAGACAGGGAAAGUUGUAGGAGCAUCUGGAAAUGUUGCAUCUGGUGCUAUAUAUGGUGCUGCACUAGGCGGACCAGUAGGAGCAGGUGUUGGUGCAAUGGUUGGAUUUGGGCUCUGGGGAGCUGGAGAAAUUGUCUUCAUGCUCUUUGAACAAUAAUUAUGAACGUGUGUAUCUUUUUUGCUUAAUUUUGUUUUGCCUAAUGCCAUUGUGACAAUGGUGAUACAUUUACGUGUACAAUAAUGUUAGUGUGCAUUGUUAUCAUUAAUUUGUGAUAUGUAUUACAUGUGUGUUAAUGAAAUCAAUAUAAUGUAUGAUUAAUUAAUGAUUCACUGAGUGAUUUUGUGUGAAUUUUUGUUCUAUGAUACUUGGACUAAGAUU